AUGUGGCAUAUUACCCUCAUCAGUGUCAAUAUUUCAGAUGAGGACAGCAAGAAUUGUUUGGUGCCGAGCAGCAGAGGAAUGUUCGUGUUUGGCGACAGUGUCCCUUGUCAGGGCAGCGUCCUGCAGAGGAGCGUCGCGGCUCCGGGGAACCAGCCGCAGCCGCAGAGCCCUGAGGAUGAUGACAGGAAGGUCCGAAGGAGAGAAAAAAACCGAGUGGCUGCUCAGAGAAGUCGGAAGAAGCAGACCCAGAAGGCUGACAAACUCCAUGAGGAAUAUGAGUGCCUGGAGCAAGAAAAUACAGUGCUGCGGAGAGAGAUCGGGAAGCUGACGGAGGAGCUGAAGCACCUGAGCGAGGCUCUGAAGGAGCACGAGAAGAUGUGCCCGCUGCUGCUGUGCCCCAUGAACUUUGUGCCAGUGCCACGGCCGGACCCCAUAGCCAGCUGCCUGCCCCGGUGAAGCCCAAGGACCGUCCUUCUUCUGCCCAGUGAGGAGCCUUGGUCUUUUUCACGCCUGGGAGGAAGGUUCCUUCCUUCUGCAUCUGAGUACAAGGGGACGCGUGGCCAGGCCUCCCCACUGUUUCCUCUUCCGGAAGAGGUCACCUCUGUGUCCUCGGGUUGUUUUGUGGCUCAUGGAUCUUGCUUCCCUGUCCUGGUCAUCUCCCUCACAGCCACAUCCAUGCCAGACGGGGCAGGCACCUUGCCAGGCGUCCUCCACGGAGCUCUGGGCCAUGUCCCACAGGCACAUGAUUCUCAAAGCUUGGCGCCUACCCAGGCCGGGAGGCCACCCUCAGGAGUCACUUCACAUCCACUUUGGCAGCUAGUAGGUUCUGCUGUGAUGCAGAAUUGUUUUCUCUAGAAUUUGGAUAAUAAAGAUGA